UUAGUGCGCGUCCGCCCGCAGCGCCGCGUUCCCGGUCAGUCGCGCCCCGGCCCCGCGAUGGAGGACAGCGCCAUGGACAUGGAGAGCAUGGGCCCCCUGCGCCCCCAGACUUUCCUCUUCGGCUGUGAACUUAAAGCGGAUAAGGAAUUUCAGUUUAAAGUAGACGAUGAAGAAAAUGAACAUCAGUUGUCUCUGAGAACGGUUACUUUAGGAGCUGGAGCCAAAGACGAGUUACACAUUGUAGAAGCAGAAGCACUGGACUAUGAAGGCAACCCUACUAAAGUAGUACUGGCAUCUCUGAAAAUGUCAGUGCAGCCUACAGUUUCAUUGGGCGGCUUUGAGAUCACACCCCCAGUGGUGUUGAGGUUGAAAUGUGGUUCAGGGCCCGUGUACAUCAGCGGUCAGCACCUUGUAGCAUUAGAAGAAGAACCAGAAUCAGAUGAGGAGGAAGAGGAUGCAAAAAUUGUUAAUGCGUCAACAAAGAGACCAGCAAGUGGAGGAGGUCCUAAAACACCACAGAAAAAAGCAAAAUUGGCAGAGGAUGAUGAGGAGGAUGACGACGACGACGAUGAUGAUGAUGAUGAUGAUGAGGAUGACUUAGAGGAUGAUGAAGAAGAAAUUAAAGCACCAAUAAAGAAACCCGUUCGUGAGGUUGCAGGAAAAAAUACGCAGAAAGCAAAGCAGAAUGGAAAAGAUUCUAAACCAUCCACACCAGCAUCUAAAUCAAAAACUCCAGAUUCCAAGAAGGAUAAAACCCUAACUCCAAAAACACCAAAAGUCCCUCUGUCAUUAGAUGAGAUCAAAGCAAAGAUGCAAGCGUCUGUAGAUAAGGGGACUACCCUUCCUAAGCUGGAGCCCAAAUUUGCCAACUACGUUAAAAAUUGCUUCAGGACGGAGGACCAGAAGGUCAUUCAAGCUCUCUGGCAGUGGAGACAGAGUCUGUAAGAAAAGAAGACAGUUUAAACAGUUCGUUAUAAUCUUCAGUCUUAUUUCUGUAACCAUUAUUUGGCUGUUCUUUUUACAAAUGCUGAAAGCUUUCCCUCCUGUGUCUGAUAAAUGUCAUCCAGAUUACCUUGCCAAGAAUGUGUUGUCCAAAAUGCCUGUUUAGUUUUUAAAGAUGGGACUCCACCCUCAGCUUCAUUUUAAAUAUGUAUGGAAUGUUUUGAUAAGGCAUGGUGGUGGUCAGACAAAUGGAAACGGUGGGGAGACUAAAUGUAUGUGGAAAAAAUAAAAUUUAGUAUUUU